CUUACCAUGUGAGAGCCUUCAGCAGCUUUUCCUCAUUCGUGCGAGCGCACUCGAUCAUGUAUACACACUCUGUGCUUUUCAUAAUCUCAUUCAGUCUCAGGUGUUUUGCAGAAUUUUAUGUUAUAGAUGAUCGGAUUGGAUUAGGAAGAGAGUUUGAUGGCAUUGGAGGAUUAAGCGGAGGAGGGGCCACGUCGAGGCUUCUUAUAAAUUAUGAAGAGCCAUAUCGAGGCCAAAUCCUGGAUUUCUUGUUUAAGCCUAACUUUGGGGCUUCGCUGCAUAUCCUUAAGGUUGAAAUAGGAGGUGAUGCCCAAACUACAGACGGGACGGAGCCCUCUCAUAUGCACACUUAAGAUGAUGAAAACUUUUUCCGUGGAUAUG